AUGGCCCAGCCCUCUAUCGCCUGUAUCGCUUUCGUAGCGAAGGAUGAUCAUCCUCUCCAUGUGACAGUAUUCCCACCCUUUCGCGAGUCUCGCCUGAGAUUCCUAAUCCUCAUAAAUUCGUGUCUGGACAUCCUCGACCUACGCACGCGAAAUACCUUUAUAGAUCAGGAUUUAGGCCUACUACAGGCUCUUGACGAGCGACUGGCGGUCUACGGAUGGCUGACCAACACUGGGGUCAAGAUCUUGGUCAUUGUCGAUCUCGCAGGUCGACAUAUCGACGGUACUGGUCAGAAGAAGAAUAUCACACCCGUGACAGGAAUGAAGCAUUCAGAUUUGAAACCUGCCUUCAGAGCGCUCCAAACCGCAUAUAUUGGGCUACUCCAGAAUCCAUUCUACAAUCCGGAUGAUCAGAACGAGAGCUCUCGAAUCGAAACAACGAGUGAUACACCGAUGGGCAUAAACGACAAAAAAUUCGUCACCGAGGUCAAACGAAUUGGUGAUAUGUGGUCUCCUAGUCUUACGAUCAUUUGA